UCCAAUCAGGGUUUAGGCCUGGACUUCCAAUCAGGGUUUAGGCCUGGACAUCCAAUCAGGGUUUAGGCCUGGACAUCCAAUCAGGGUUUAGGCCUGGACAUUCAAUCAGGGUUUAGGCCUGGACAUCCAAUCAGGGUUUAGGCCUGGACAUCCUAUUAGGGUUUAGGCCUGGACAUCCAAUUAGGGUUUAGGCCUGGACUUCCAAUCAGGGUUUAGGCCUGGACAUCCAAUCACGGUUUAGUAUUGUGUAUUUUACUGUGUAUAUGAAUGUGGAGGUUAUUGUGUAUAUGAAUGUGGAGGUUAUUGUGUUUAUGAAUGUGGAGGUUAUUGUGUUUAUGAAUGUGGAGGUUAUUGUGUUUAUGAAUGUGGAGGUUAUUGUGUAUAUGAAUGUGGAGGUUAUUGUGUUUAUGAAUGUGGAGGUUAUUGUGUUUAUGAAUGUGGAGGUUAUUGUGUUUAUGAAUGUGGAGGUUAUUGUGUUUAUGAAUGUGGAGGUUAUUGUGUUUAUGAAUGUGGAGGUUAUUGUGUUUAUGAAUGUGGAGGUUAUUGUGUUUAUGAAUGUGGAGGUUAUUGUGUUUAUGAAUGUGGAGGUUAUUGUGUUUAUGAAUGUGGAGGUUAUUGUGUUUAUGAAUGUGGAGGUUAUUGUGUUUAUGAAUGUGGAGGUUAUUGUGUUUAUGAAUGUGGAGGUUAUUGUGUUUAUGAAUGUGGAGGUUAUUGUGUUUAUGAAUGUGGAGGUUAUUGUGUUUAUGAAUGUGGAGGUUAUUGUGUUUAUGAAUGUGGAGGUUAUUGUGUUUAUGAAUGUGGAGGUUAUUGUGUUUAUGAAUGUGGAGGUUAUUGUGUUUAUGAAUGUGGAGGUUAUUGUGGAGGUUAUUGUGUUUAUGAAUGUGGAGGUUAUUGUGUUUAUGAAUGUGGAGGUUAUUGUGUUUAUGAAUGUGGAGGUUAUUGUGUUUAUGAAUGUGGAGGUUAUUGUGUUUAUGAAUGUGGAGGUUAUUGUGUUUAUGAAUGUGGAGGUUAUUGUGUUUAUGAAUGUGGAGGUUAUUGUGUUUAUGAAUGUGGAGGUUAUUGUGUUUAUGAAUGUGGAGGUUAUUGUGUUUAUGAAUGUGGAGGUUAUUGUGUUUAUGAAUGUGGAGGUUAUUGUGUUUAUGAAUGUGGAGGUUAUUGUGUUUAUUGUGUUUAUGAAUGUGGAGGUUAUUGUGUUUAUGAAUGUGGAGGUUAUUGUGUUUAUGAAUGUGGAGGUUAUUGUGUUUAUGAAUGUGGAGGUUAUUGUGUUUAUGAAUGUGGAGGUUAUUGUGGAGGUUAUUGUGUUUAUGAAUGUGGAGGUUAUUGUGUUGUGUCCCAUAUGGCGGCGCCCAUCCGGGGGUCAUCAUUGUAAAUACGAAUUUGUUCUUAACCGACUUGCCUAG